UUUGGUGUUCGGUACCGGUAGAGAACGGUAGAGCGGGAGCGUGUUUUUACUUUUUCCACGCACACACCCAGGCCAAUGCUUGUUCCCAGUUGCGUUACUACCGCACAAUGCGACGCGUUACUACGCCAAGAAGAAAGUGACUGAGUGCGUGUGCGUGUGUGUGUGUGAUUGUGUGUACUAAAUAGAUAAAUAACAAUAACAAUUCUAGUGCCUAAAUGUGAAAGUGACUGUCCCAAGAUCCGGAAAAGUGUGUGCUGUCUCUUAUCGAGUGAUUUUUCCCGGUGAAGAAUGUCCUCGUACUGUGGGUUCGACGAUCGUUCGUUUGAAGACUUCGACGACUACACGUCGGAGGACAGUGGGUUCGAGAAGAGCUAUGAAUCGUGCGCUGGUGACCUAACGUUUGCCGGCUGUCUGCAGCAACCCGGCGCGCGGAAGUUAAGCUUCGAGCAUGUCGCACUCGCGCCACAGGUAGUCCCUGGGCCAACGGUUGGCCUGCCUAACCAGAUGGACCUGAUGCUGCCCGAAAACGAUCACUCACCUCCAGCGAAGAAGCGUGGCCGACAGUCGCUCAAGGAUAAAGUCGCCGAGGGCAAGAGAGACGCCGCCGGUAACUUCUGUCCGAGUCUCGGUGUUCAAACAUCGACCCCAGUGAAGCCAACGCCUGAUGGAGUCGGGGCGGAUCAAAAACCCAAGCGCAAAUACGCGAUGGGAAAGAGUCGCAUCACGCGUAAUCGAAGUCCUACGCAGGUGAUGCGCAUCAAGCGUGUACGGAGGCUGAAGGCGAACGAUCGGGAAAGGAACCGGAUGCACACGCUUAAUGAGGCCCUCGAGCGGCUACGCUUGACAUUGCCGACCUUUCCGGAAGACACCAAGCUGACCAAGAUCGAGACGCUGCGAUUUGCGUACAAUUACAUCUUUUCGUUGGUGCAGCUACUCGAGCUGGAUGGCUCGAUACAGCUGGAUCUGGAGAAGCUGCAGAGUCUCACGUUAAGCGGGGAGCGUAUCAAUAAGGAGCUGUUCGACGCGAUGUUCAUCAAUCCACCACCGCCCGGCCAUCAUUGGGGCAUGGGUGGAGCGUUCACAGCAAGUGACUUCUACAGCAGUAUCCAGCAGUACGGAGCAGUUGUUAAUGGGGCGAACAACCAGACAGAUGCAGGACAGUUUCCUCAAACAGCGAGAGAUGCUCCGACGGGUCAGUUUUCCAAGCAAAACUAUAACCUCUUUCGUGGUGCCUUUGAUGCGGCCUAUAAUGCACGGUCGCCACCAGUGAACCAGUCCACCUAUCCAGCGGAAUAUCCUCAGCAUCAGCCCACUGCAUCACCGAUGUCCCAACCGAGACCUCAUCAUCUGCCACAGCACAUUCGACAAGCGUCCUCGAUGGGGGUAGGUGCUCCAAACGUUCAGCCUUACGCUCGCGAUAGCUACUACCCUCAGAUGACACAGAAUGGAGUGACCCCGAACUGUCCGGAUAUGCCCAUCAGCCAACACCAACGGCACUCACCGCAAGCCGCUUCUACUCAGACGAUGCACUACAACAGCAGCUUUUACAACCAAACUCCACCGUGGCGUGAGGGCAACGGAGACCCCGGAUACACCGGGCUGGAUUCGGGAAUAUUCGACGACUUUGGUGGGGCUACGGUGGCAUGAAACUCUCCAGUCCCCAGUGUUUAGUGAGCAGGUUUAAGCUACGGAAAAGUGAUACAAAAGAACGUUUUUGAAAAGCAAUUCUAGAAGUACAAUAACUGUAGGUUAGACACUGGAGAAAUCACGUUGUUCAGGUGUGAUAGACUUACCGAUUGCUUUGAUGGAAGAAUCAGGACAGUGAGCUCGAUAUUCGCAAAGCAAUGGCGACUUUAUCCAAGUAGUUAUGAGAUAAUGCAUGUUUAACUGUUCUGAUCGUUUACUCCAUUACACACAGCCGUGCUGAAAAGAAUUUGUGUUACAUUUUUGAUUUUUUUACUUCAUUUCCAACUUCUUGUUUUCGAUUUCUAUAUUUUAUAGGGAUUUUCUACUCUGUUUUCAUGUGUUUCUUUUAUGCUUAUUUUUUAUACUUUUAUAUGUUCAUUUUUUCUUGUUUGUUUUUAGUAUUACUCCUUUUCUUUAACUUUAAAACUUUUAUCUACAAAUUCCUUCCAACACGGUUGUCGUUUUUCAUUAAGAUAAACACUGCUUUCAUGUCUUUUCUGUUAAGUAAACUGCUUGUUUUGCUUCUAGUUUGCACAAUAUUUACGUUAGAAGUAAAUCGAUUUGAUUACUAACUUGAAGAGAUAUAUUUUCUUUACCGUAACGAUGGUCUGAUUUAACUAGUCAAGUUUAUUGCGGAAAGUUUUUGCGCGUAGUAUGUACAACCAACCCUAUUGGAUGUCGAACACGAAUGCGAUUUUUCUGUGACAUUUAUAGCAGAUUCUAUCUAAAUCUCACUCAGAAAAUCGGUUCAUUCGAAUCGAUUGCAAGGAUUCAAAUGCCUCCCCUUUUGCUCCUUACGAUCGAUUCUAGCGAUCUCGACGAUCCAUUCCGUAACAAUGCCUUCACGAAAUACAACAUAGAUUUUAUAUUUGACUAGGAAAUAUAGCUAUAAAGUGCUCUUCGGCGAAUCGCAGGACCUCACGGACGGGGGUUUUAUUUUGCUCGAUAUACACCUCUGACAUAAGGACAUUUUGAACACGUUUUUAGCGCCAGCAGCAGACAUUAGGGAAGGAAAAAAAACUGAAAUAAAAAUAAAACACCGGUACGAAACACCAAGGAGUCAAAACUAA